UUAGUUAAUUAAAAUUAAAUUAAAGUUGUUAUUUCAAAAAUGGCAACAUUAAAAUCUAGUUUAGUGUUUAUUCAGUUAAUUGUGUUUUAUUUCACGGUUAUUUCUUGCAUUGGUAUACCAAGAAAGCCAACAAAUUAUUCAGGAAUUGAUUCUUCUGAAGAAAGUACUACUACUAGACCAGGUGUGGAUGUGGAUGUCGAAGAACGAAUUUUACAUGGAACAAUUGCAAAACCAAAAAGUUAUCCGUAUAUGGUUUCGUUGCAAGAAAAAGAUGAAGAUGGUUCAGCCAAAUUUUGUGGAGGUGUGAUUAUACGACCACGAUGGAUAUUAACCGCUGCACAUUGUUAUGAAGACAUUGAAGGUCCAGAAAAUUUUCCAAAUGAUUAUCGAGUAAAAGCUGGUGUUAUAAAAGCGUAUGCAAAUACACCCACAGCUCAGUUUAUUCGAGUUAAAAAAAUUAUAUUGCAUCCUCGAUAUGAUACCAAUACAGCUGAAAACGAUAUUGCAUUAUUAUUUUUAGAUCGUUCUCUAAAGUACAAUCAUUACGUUAGACCCAUUGCAUUACCACCAAAAAAUUAUAAUGCUAAGGGAGAUGGUACCAUUAUUGGAUGGGGUGCAAUUGACCAUGCUGAAGAAAUUUCAUCAAAAGUUUUACGUUUCGCACCUUUAAAAGUAUCAGAACGCAGACAUUGUCGCAAAUAUUUCGAAACUAUUACCAAGAAUCAAUUAUGUCUUGGAUAUAAAGCUAAAGAAAACGCCUGUGCUGGAGAUUCUGGAGGGCCUUAUGUUCAAAAAAUUAAUGGAAAACCAGCUGUAGUUGGAGUUACAUCUUUUGGAACAGUUGGUUGUCAUGAAAAUGAUCCAAUUGUGUACACAAACGUUGCAUCAUAUUUGAAAUUCAUUAAGGAUACAAUAGAUGCAAAUACACCUAAAUAUCUUAUUAAACCGAAAACAAUAAGUGGCAGAAAUGCGAAAACUCUAAAACAUCCAUAUUUGGCUGCAAUUAUGGAAUUCAAUGAUGAAGACAAUAUUUACGAGAAAACUUGUACGGCUGUGAUUAUAGAAAGUCAAUUUGUAUUAACAACUGCUGAUUGUUUUGAUAAUCGUGAAAAAUCGGAGAAAGAUUAUCUCAAAACUCUUCGAGUUAAAGUUGGAAGUCUUGACGUUGAUAGUUCAGACAAAGGAGAAUUGUAUGAAGUACAAAAUAUUCGAAAACAUCCUAAUUAUUACAUAAGUGACAGUUCUAUGAAAGAUAAUAUUGCUGUAUUGAAACUAAAAAAACCAUUAAAAUUAUCGGAAAAUGUUGCCAAAGCCUUAUUUCCACCAAGUUAUUUUGAUUUGAAAAGUAUUCAAGGUGAAAUUAUUGGUUGGGAUAUAAAUAAUUUAACACAAUCCCAUAAUUUGGUUAUUUCGAAUGUAAGAAAUGGAAAUGCUACAGCGUGUAAACAACUGUAUCCAGAUGCAAGCGAUUCGGAGAUUUGUGUAGAAUGUACAAAUAAUGUCUGUAACCAAGAGGCUGGAAGUCCAUUAAUUUUCAAAACGAAAAAUGGAAACUUUGUAAUUGGAUUAAAUUCAAUUUUCAGUAAAAAUUGUGAAAAUAAUCAACCAUUUUUGGUUGCAAAUAUUUUGCAUUACAAUAAGUUUAUUGAUGAUGUAUUUAAUGAUACAAUUCAGCGAUACUAUUAUUAAAUUAUAACUAACUUAAAUUUUAA